AUGAAAGGAGAGAAAAAGGCGCUCAGUGUCAGGAAAAUGAAUAGUGAGAGUAAAGUGCGCAGGUGCGCCCAGGGCGCUGAGAAGGGUGCACUGGCCUGGGGUGUGCGCCUCGCUCCUCUAGGUAUUGGAGAGAGAGAGAACACCCUUCCACCUCUGGGGAUCCCGUUCCUUUGGGGCCGCACGCAGAGUCCGGAGCGCUCUCGGUACCCGAGACAGGCGGUGGCGACGUCCAACACGGGAGAUUUUUUACCCCCCACCCCCACCCCAAGCCAUGGUAGUCCCCUCGGGGCUCGCAGAGUGCAGCCGUCAGUGCCAACUGGCCCCCUCUCCCCCCUCCCCAGUGCCCUGACUCCAAACUCGGAGGCUUCUUUCUAA